UCAUGCGCUAAAGUAUCAUCUUCUAAGCAGGGUCUGAUCAUUUAUUAUAGGUCUCCAGGGUCGCUGACCGUGCCUGUUCCUCGAGCAGGAGAAUUCUUUUUCUAGCAGACUCGAGGACUAAAUCAGCAUACCCGUGUCAAGAUGUCUGCACCGGAAUACGUCUUCGCUCGAGAUUACCUCGACAAUAACCGUAUCAACCUCCACCACUACCUCUGGGUCGAACUAUUCGGAUAUCAUCUCCAUCCAGACAUUCCGUUGCAAAACCCAGAUCUCAAAAUCGCGGAUGUAGCCACUGGAACCGGGACCUUCCUUACCGAUCUCAGUCGUCGGCUUCCGCCGUCAGUCCAACUGGAUGGCUUCGACAGUUCCUUCCAGGCCGUGCCGCCGAAAGAGCUACUCCCGUCCAAUAUCAAUCUGCACCAGUGGAAUAUCAAACAAGAGCCUCCCAAAGAACUCCAGGGUACUUAUGAUAUCGUGCAUGUGCGAAUGCUCACGUUUGUUCUCCUGGACGAUGAAAUUGAGAAUGCACUGAGGAACGUGUUUAAGCUUCUGAAACCCGGAGGCUACCUCCAAUGGGGAGACGUAGACGUCCACUCAACACGGAUUGAGAAUGCCAAUCAGGGUAAAAGCACCGCCGCACUGGAGGAAAUCAUCAAGAUCACUCGUUCUGCAGACCAUCGGCUUACUGCACAUUGGAUCCCGGAGCUCCCGACACUAUUUGAGAAAAGUGGUUUCCGGGAUGUCAAGUCUGAUACGAGGGAUGCACCGGGGUACAUGGGCUACACGCUCCAUGAAUGUGUCUUGAUGGUGCACGGGAUGAUUGUGCAAAAUACGAGAAAUGAUGAUGUAGCUAGCCGGUUGAGGGUGGCGUUUCCCGAGGCGUUGAAAGAAACCUAUGCGGGAGCUUAUCAUGCUUGGACGCGGUGGACGGUGGUGGGAAGGAAAGCCGGAAUGAUCGGAUGUGAUUGUUAGAUUUUCAAUGGAUCAUAUUAAGCAAGAUGCCAGAG